UAACAUGCUUGUCGCCUUGAAGGCUCGAGCAGGUGGACACUCAAUGGCUCCACUGCAGUUCCAGCCAGCAUGUGUGUGUGUUUGCCAUGCCUUUAUUAGCAGACGUCCACUACAACGGUCAAAGGGCAACACGACUGGGAGAGACGGGAGGCAGAGACAGGACUGGUAAAUGGACGUGGGAGGUGAUGGAGGGUGAGGGCAGAGAAGAAGCUGAGAGGAACCAACAGCAGCAGAGGAACAGAUUAAAUCCAAGACCAGAUGAGCACAAACUCACCUUUUGGGAUCUGAGGACCUCAAGGCCCUGGUCCAGUCUGGCCUCAGUGGGUGUACUGUGGUUUUUAUUCCAGCUGGAGGUGCUGCGGCACCCCUCUCUGCCCCUGGAGGACUUGUUCUGCAGGCUGAUCCUCCUCUGUGUGCUGUGGCUCCUUUUGGGAGCUUGCUUCCACGGCCUGAGAUUCUACCUGCGGACUGGACCAACCCAGGUGGAACCACCACAGAUGAGCAUGUUACCAUGGAUACUUCAGACCAGGAGCCCAGAUGCUCCUCUGACCAUCGCUCUGACCCACUGCCUGCUGCUGUGUGUUCUUCAGGAGCCCCUCCAGGACCCCAGUGUGUCCCACAUCAAAGCUCUCCUCUCCAAGCUGGAGGCUGUGGCUCACAUGCUGCAGAGCGUUGGACCGGAGGUGGACCAAGCUUCUGCUUUCAUAGGCAGCCUAAAGCUCCUCUGCUCCUACCUGCAGCAGAGGACAGCGUCCCUUCGUGCUCUGGUCCAGGUGCAGGAGGACCUUGAGGUCAGCGUGAAAGACCUGCUGCAGGGUUUUGGUGGCCUCUGGACCCAGCUGGAGGAGCUGCACACUGGGGUCACGCUAGGAAAACAGGAGGGUCAAGGCCACCGAGACCCAAGCUCGGUCCAGACAGACUCAGAGACUCUGGUUGCAGAACUGGGUCGGUACAAGAACAAACUUCAGAUGUGUGAGGUCCUUCUGAAGGACAGCACUCAGCUCUUACAGGAGCUGACCUGGAGCCACAGCCACGUCAGCGCCAAGGUGAACAGCAGCAGCGAGUCGGUCUGGCCCGAGAUUCUGCUCCAGUCCAACAUCGAGCAGUUUGACAAGGUGCAGGAGAGUUUCACCUCCCUGGAUCAACAGACCGCCACCUUCCAGACCCACCUGGAGGGACUGGGAAAAGGAACUCACAACGGAUCAGCGGGGCCUCUCAUCCAUGUAGACGAGGCCCGUUUGACCUCAGUCGCUCCACAGACUUCCCAACAUGUCAGCGGUGUGUCGCUGACGAAUCCAGCCUCAGCUAAAACACAACCCCCCCCUUCACUGCGCGGGAGGUCGGCUGUGAGGAUCUCUAACAUGCUCAGGUGUUUUCACAAACCUAGAAAAAAGAUGUAAUUUUUUUUUACAAUUUUUUAAAUUCACAAUAUGUUUGCAAGUGUUGAUCAUUUGCCUCAGAUAUGCGUAUUUAUUAUGGUUGCUGUGAUUAAUGUAGCAGGAGGAGUGUUUCAGACUCUAGAGGGCAGACUUCCACCAGCUGUCCUCAGAUUCCUGCUGCUUUUAUUUUUCCUCAUUUAACUGAACAGGAAUGUUUCUGACUAAUUAAUACAUUUCUUAAUUCACAUUUGACUUGUUUUUCAGAAUCAUUUGCAUUUCAAAUGAAAAUAAUUGUCAGAAAUGAAUACAUCCAGCUGUCUGUAUUACUGUAAUAACGAUAAUAUGUUUUUUUAAUGGUGGUGCACAAAUUAGGUAGAAGUAGAGCUUUAACACAAAAAAAGACUACUUCAUUUGACGUUUUUGGUUGACUGUUUUUGAAAUAUUUGGAAAUACUUCAUAAAGAGAUGGUAGAGUAGCUGCAAAUAUAUUAUUCUAGAUGUAAAACUUUAUGAUAAAAUGCCUUUUAAACCUUG